AGAAAAAGACCACACGUCACGUGACCACUCCUGACUCCCAGCCCCAUCAUUUGAGGAAUAACGGCCUCCAUACAUCCUAUAUAUGUUUUUCUAAACAGCAAAUUCCUCCUUUCAGCAGCGCGUAUUAUCGUAGGGAGGAAAAAGAAUCAUAGGAUGCAAUUUAAAGGAAAAGGAGGAUUAUAGCAUUAUUCUUGGAUUGUAAACGGGAGUUUUAGUUCUGUCGGCCGCUCAGAUUGAAGUUUCUGCAUCUGUUUGAAAAGUGGAGGAAAACACUGAACAGUGAUCAUGGCUGAAAACAACUUCCCUCCCUUGCCAAGAUUCAUCCCCCUCAAGCCAUGUUUUUACCAGGACUUCAAUGAAAUCCCAGAACAACGGCGCUCCAUGUGCAAGAGGCUCUACUACCUCUGGAUCUUGAACAGUGCCACGCUAGCCGUUAACCUGAUUGGCUGCCUGGCCUGGAUGUGCGGAGGUGGAGGAGCGACCAACUUUGGCAUGGCCUUCCUGUGGCUCAUACUCUUCACCCCAUGUUCCUACGUGUGCUGGUUCAGGCCCAUCUACAAGGCAUUUAAGACCGACAGCUCUUUCAACUUCAUGGCUUUCUUUUUCGUCUUCAUGGCUCAGGUGGUGAUAAGUAUCAUCCAGACUGUUGGCAUCCCAGGUUGGGGGGUCUGCGGCUGGCUGGCCACCAUCACCUUCUUUAGCACCAACAUCGGCUCAGCUGUGGUGAUGCUGAUUCCCACCAUCAUGUUCACUGCCGUGGCUGUGCUCUCGUUCGUCGCCCUUACUAAGGUCCACAACUUCUACCGUGGCAGCGGUGGGAGUCUGGGUAAAGCCCAGGAGGAGUGGGCCACGGGGGCCUGGAAGAACCCACACGUCCAGCAGGCCGCCCAGCAGGCGGCCAUGGGAGCUGCACAGGGAGCCAUGCAGCAGAACCAGUACUCAGCGGCUCCCACCUACAACUACGACGACCCAAUGUAGGACAGACGGGCCGGCCGGAGGAGCGGAGAGGGAGAGCUAAAAAGGGAACAAUUAUGAACACAACUAAGAAUUAGGUGCCCUUCAUUUUAACGCAGGACAGGAUCAUUUUUAGGUAGAAAAAUGUAGGGAAAAAGGAGAGAGAAACAUACUUUUAAGCAAAUUUAAAAGUUUUAGAAAGUUCACUCAGAUCAACAAAUUGCUGUUAUUGUUUUGCUGCUCAGCAUGUGUGUUGAUUUCCUCCAGUCUGAUAUGGCUUUAAGAAAACCCCAGAGGUGUUUAUUUUAUUCAUUCAGGUCCCAUCAUGUGUUGCAGCACUCAAACUCGCAAAUUGAAAUUUCCUGCUUGAUUUUGAAUCGUCUUUGUUUUUCUACAAGGAGUAGCAGUUAGUUUCUCAGCUAAUACUCAUUGGCUAGCAUAAAAAUAUCAAGAGAACUUGUUAGAAAAAUCUCUAAUUUGAGGACUAGUUUUGGAAAAGUGUAAACAUUUAUUAGCAGCAGCUAGCUGCUAGCAUUUGUAUGAUAUAAUGACUCCCUAACUGUUUAAUAGCUUCUUAGCUUGCUACUAGCCAUUAUACAGCUAGCUAGCUAGCGAUAUAAGCUGGCUAGUUAGCUUAUACAGCUAAUAAGCUGUAUAAGCUGUUAAGCUUAUACAGCUAUACAGCUUAUACAGCUAGCAAGCUGUAUAAGCUAACUCGCAGUAUAAAAAUAUAUCUGACUCUGUUUGAAUGCAACAAAGGUGUUACAAUCAGCCCUAAUUCUGUUUAUUGCAUCUUAAAACAGGAUUUUAAGGGUACAUUUUUCGUAAGUUUUCUAGGAGUCAGUCAUUAUUCUACCUUCUCAUUUUGCUGUUAUGCUAGGCUCAUCUGCUAGCGAUAGCAUCAACGCUACAGCUGAAGCUACAGUUUAAUCAUGAGGGGGUUUUUUUGUCAAAUUUUAUGAAAUGUUAAGUGUGUGACAGAUUCAGACAAAUAUGUUGUCACCUCUGGUAAAGAUGUGUUAAAAACCUUGUUAUAAAUGCAUCUGUCAUUGCAGCAGAAUAAUUCCACAAGAGAAAAAUUCAAUCCAAACUUUAUUUUGCAUGUAUUUAUUUGAUGUCAAAAUAAAAAAUGCUAGGAAGUAAUUGUUAAAUUUCUAACAGGUCAAACAAUAGUUGUUGGGCACAAGUCAAGAAAAUGAUUGAAAAUGACAGAAAUGAUUCAACAAUUUUGGGUGGGUUUACACUGCAACCUGAAUGACCCAAUUCCGAUUUUUUUUUUUUUUGACGUAAUGUGACUUGUAUCCAAUCUUUUCAUGGCAGUGUAAACAGCACAGGUCGGAUUCUUUUUCGAAUGCGACCCAUAUCCGACACGUAUGCGAUUCAAAUGCGACCAUAACGUCCUGGCCGCAUUCAUCCGAACUGAACGUCACUGAUUCUCAACAAAUCUCACUA